AACCAAGCAACCACACAGCAACAGUCCUCUGGCGCUAGUUAGCUGAGCAUAGCGUAGCUUAGCUUUUAAUACUGAGACUUUAUUUCAAUAUUAACGAUUUAUUGUGAUAUAAAAAGUAACGGCGUCUAGAAAACAGUUAAAUGGUGGUUUUAUAUCUGGACUGAAGUUUUGUUUGGUUUGAACUGGAUGUUUUCGCUGUAGUUUAAAGUGUAGCAGUGAGCUGUAUUAGGUUAGCUGGCGUAGUUUAUUGUAAAAGCUGAGUGAGUUAUGGCAGACGAGCGGAGUUUACCUCAGAAGCGCCUUUUCCUGGAGAGAACUCUGGCUCUGAUUAAACCGGACUCUGUAGAUAAAGCAGAAGAAAUCGAGAACAUAAUUCUACAGUCCGGCUUCACGAUUUUACAGAAAAAGAGGCUUCAGUUAAGUCCGGAGCAGUGCAGCGAUUUCUAUGCUGAGCACUACGGAAAGCUGUUUUUUCCCAGUCUGACAGCUUUCAUGAGCUCUGGCCCAGUCAUCGCCCUCGCACUGGCCAGGCACCAGGCCAUUUCCACCUGGAAAGACUUGAUGGGACCAGCCAACAGUUCCAAAGCCAAAGAUACACACCCUGACUGUUUAAGGGCAAGAUACGGGACCUCUGACCUGAGGAACGCUGUACAUGGCAGUGAAACAUUCUCAGCGGCGGAGAGGGAGCUCAGAUUUAUGUUUCCCAACUCUGUUAUUGAGCCAAUUCCCCUGGGAGAGGCUGCCAAAGAUUACCUGAGCAGGUAUAUUAACCCAACGCUGCUCAUCGGCCUAACUGAACUGUGCAAGAGGAAACCGGCUGACCCCUUUGCAUGGCUCGCUGACUGGCUAAUGAACAAUAACCCGAAUAAACCCACAGUAUGUGAUGGAACUAUAGUUUAGGAUGCGGCAUGAAUUACUUGCACUGUAGUAAUCCACAUCCAGUAGUAAUCCACAUUUUUUUUGUGCAGAUCACAAAAUAGUGUAUUAAAAAUAAACUGUUUCUGAGAAAAUGCUUGCCUAACAUUUAAUAAAAAAAUGCAUUGCA